AUGUUUCUCAAGUUCCUGGCGCGUAACGGCCUUCUUCAACACAAAUCAUAUACAUUCUCAACGAGUCGUAUCGGUCUCUCGCACUUGUCGCUCAAAGUCACGUCUCCAACAACAACAUCCAAACUUUCUCAAAACACUCAACGUCUCCGUACACUUCCUACAGCAUGGAAGGCAAUUGGUCUUACAGGGUUAGGAAUGGGAAUUUCCCUGAUAACAAGACCAUCAAUCUGGUGUGAACCGGUUCCGCCGACUAAGCAGGCAGAAAGGACCACGAAACCAUCUUAUGGUUCAUCUGACAUUCCUCCUCCUCCUGAAUCAUCCAUCAGCCUUUACGAACUAUCCUUUGGGACUGUCACUGGCAUAUGUGCUGGGAUAUUCGUUAAGAAAGGUGCAAAGAUGGUAGCGUUUGUUUUCGGGGGAAUAUUCGUCUUGUUACAGUACUUGGGUUCUACAUCAAUCAUUCGAAUUGAUUGGGGCCUGGCAGCAAAGCGAUUCGAGAGCUGGUUCUAUACCACGAACGCAGCAGGAGACAAGAGACCACCCAGAGUGUACUCGAUUUGGAAUGCUCUGGUCACGUUCCUGACAGCAGAUUUCCAGGCUAGGGCGAGUUUUUUGGGUGGAUUCAUGCUAGGACUGAGAUUAGGAUAG